CCUAAAGUGCGGUAUCAUACCGGACAGAACACUAGCAUCAGAAACAAAUCAGAAAGUCACAUCAUCAAUGAACUUGGUGCCGGGACUUGGUAAGUUUGUGCUGUCAAGGUCUUGUACCAGGUUCCUGCACGUUUUUCCCAGUGCCAUUCUACGGUUUUGCAGAUAAGGGAUGAAACGUGGUCAAAUUCUUUUGUUCCUGACGAUCACCAUCCGAUGAAUUUAUCAUCUCUGACCAUCUUCCCCGCCACACCGGCCCAAGUGCUAGAGUCAAGGCGUAGAUCCUUCGUACAUUGGGGAGGUCCCCUGACCGAAGAAGAGUUCUUCCGUCUAGCCACCGAAGUGGAACAAGGUGAAAGUGCGACGAACGGGAAAUUGACAGCAUGGGUUUUAUCUCCGCGAGAUGAUCCAGGCUCAUUGGAUUUUAAAUGCUCGUGUAUGACUUUCCGGCGCAAGGGCCUCAUACUUCGAGGGCACAAUGCUCAUAAGGCCGAUGCUAUGGUCCCCGAAGAGGUAUCCUGUUAUGGGGUUGCAGCGGUUUUGACACCAGAACGGUUUCGACGUCAAGGAUACGCGAAACAUAUGAUGCGUCUACUGCACUGGGUCCUUGCUGUCGAUCCCUCCUUAUUUCCCAUGUUUCCGAAAACAUGGGGCUCACCGCCUCAAAGGCCUGCAGGGAUACACCCAGGUCAUUUCUCGGUGCUAUGGAGUGAUGUCGGUGACUUUUAUCGAUCUUGCGGCCCCACGGAUAGUGUUCCAGGGUGGGUGUUGGAUGAUGCCAGCACCACGGUCUGGGAUGUCAAAACACUUGAUGUGGACGCUACUACAGAUUCGAUUUCAAAUGAGAAAUGGAGGUGGUUGGCUGUGGAUGAUAUACAAGCGUUGUAUCCUGCCGAUGAAGAGAAGCUCAAGCAGGAUCUAAUUGCGAAAUCGUUGGGCUUGGACUCUGGAAAGACCCUCUUCACUUUUCUGCCUGGUCAGGGUGUCGAGAUGUUCCAGCGAACGAAGUUGGGAUUUUUUUGGAGAAAGCUGGAGUCACCAGUAACCCACUGGGGCGUCAUUUCCAGGUCUUCUGACAAGGCAACACAUGAUGAUGAUACUGUCUUCGCAACUUGGACAUUCGAGGCGGUGCCCAAAACUCUCUUGAUAACCCGACUGCGGGCUAAUCAGGAAAACUUCGGGGAUUUGUUCUCAGUCCUAAAAUUUGUCGCUGGAAGACAUGGAAUAGAGAAGAUAGAGAUAUGGUGUUUACCUGAUGCGCUCAAGAGCGUGGCACAACAUCACGGGGCGAUCCAUUUUGAAAGGAAAGAGCAUCUUCCUGCGCUCAAGUGGUACGGCGCCGAAAGCCCCACUGAUGUGAUCUGGUUGAACCGGGAGAAGUUCUGUUGGUGCUGAGUUAUUUAGCGCUAGACUGCCGUGGCAAUCAAUAGUUCUCUCACUUUGCGAAUAUUGGUCCAACGAGCAAAGAUGACCUCGUAAUGAGUGUAGUUAAGACUAUAUUAAAUUCCCUAUCACUG